AUGUCCACCCUACGCUAUUAUACCAUCGAUGUCUUCUCAUCAAUCCCCUUCAAAGGAAACCCGCUCGCAGUGGUAGACACAACAACCACAACCCCAUCUCUAACAGCAACCCAAAUGAAACUGAUAGCUAGACAAUUCAACCUAUCCGAAACGACAUUCAUCUGCCCCCCAACAGACAACACCACAGACAACCCCACACACACCAACGAACCGGCGAACAACAAAGCCGACUGGCGUCUCCGCUCCUUCCUCCCUAAUGGCGAAGAAGUCUUCGGAGCUGGACAUAACUCUCUCGGUGCUUGGUGGUGGAUUUCCCAGUCAGGACUUGUGGAUCGUCCAAGUGGAAAUGGAAAGACAUUCCACCAGGAAUUAGGCAACACAAUCCUUCCAGUUAGCAUAUCCUCAUCCCCAUCUCCAUCAUCGGAACACAUCACGAUCUCAAUGCGUCAGGGCACGCCUCAAUUCCUGAAUACAUAUACCGAUCGAGAAUCACUUGCUAGAUCCUUGGGCAUCAAGGAGCCCGACCUCGGGAUGAGAUAUGCCGGUAUUGAGAUUGACGAGGUGAGGGUUGUUACUACAUCUCCUGCGCGCCAUUUGCUAGUUCCUGUGCGGAGUGUGGAUGUGCUUCGGGGGGUUAGUUUUGGGGAUAAACACGCUAUUGAGGAUGUCCUUGUUAGGGCCGGGAGUUAUAACAGUGGUGUUUAUGUUUUCACACUUGUUUCUGCUCCUGUUGGCAACGAAGAGGGAUCUAUCAUUCCAAGUUUCGAGGCGCGGUUUUUUAGUCCCGCGAUGGGCAUGGAGGAUCCGGCUACUGGGUCUGCUGCUGGGCCUUUGGGUGCUUAUUUGUACACGGGGGUGAAUGGUUCUGUAGGGUUGAGAGGUGGAGAUGGAAUGAUGCGCAUUGAGGUUUUGCAAGGUGUGCAGACUGGACGGAGAUGUUUGAUGAAUGUGCGUGUUGAGGAUGUUGGGGAUGGGGUUGGUGUUUGGAUUUCCGGGACUGGGGUGCUUGUUGCUGAGGGGAGUAUUGUUGUACCUAGUCUUGAUCUUUCGUUUUAA